ACACCAGAAAGCACAACAACUGAGACCACAACAAUAGAAACCACCACAGGUACCACAACAGACACCAUAACAACAGAAAGCACAACAACUGAGACCACAACAACAGAAAGUACCACCACUGUCACCACAACAGACAUAACAACAACAGAAAGCACCACCACAGGUACCACAACACCAGAAAGCACAACAACGGAGACCACAACAAUAGAAACCACCACAGGUACCACAACACCAGAAAGCACAACAACUCACACCACAACAAUAGAAAGUACCACCACAGGUACCACAACACCAGAAAGCACAACAACUGAGACCACAACAACAGAAAUCAGCACAGGUACCACAACACCAGAAAGCACAACAACUGACACCACAACAAUAGAAAGUACCACCACAGGUACCACAACACCAGAAAGCACAACAAGCGAGACAACAACAACAGAAAGCACCACCACAAGUACCACAACACCAGAAAGCACAACAACUGAGACCACCACAACAAUAGAAAGUACCACCACAGGCACCACAACAGAAACCAUAACAACAGAAAGUACAACCACUGGCACCACCACUUCAGAAAGUACAACAACAGAAAGUACCACCUCUGCUAUUACAACUUCAGAAAGUACAACAACAGAAAGCACAACUGAAACCACAACACCAGAAAGUACAACAAUAACAGAAAGUACCACGAUGGGCAGUACAACAACAGAAAGCACCACAAUGGAUACUACAACAACAGCAAUUACCACAACUGGUAGCACAACUCUAGAAAGUACAACAACGGAGACGGCAACAUCAGAAAGCACAACAACAGGAGGAACAACAGACAGCACCACCACCGGUACCACAAGACCAGAAAGCACAACAACUGAGACCACAACAACAGAAAUCAGCACAGGUACCACAACACCAGAAAGCACAACAACUGACACCACAACAAUAGAAAGUACCACCACAGGUACCACAACACCAGAAAGCACAACAACUGAGACCACAACAAUAGAAACCACCACAGGUACCACGACAUCAGAAAGCACAACAACUGAGACCACAACAAUAGAAAGCACCACCACCGGUAUCACAACACCAGAAAGCACAACAACUGAGACCACAACAAUUGAAAGUACCACCACAGGCACCACAACACCAGAAAGCACAACAACGGAGACCACAACAAUAGAAAGUACCACCACAGGUACCACAACACCAGAAAGCACAACAACUGACACCACAACAAUAGAAAGCACCACAACGGACAUUACGACAACAGAAAGCACCACCACCGGUACCACAACAGACACCAUAACAACAGAAAGCACCACCACUGGGACCACAACUCCAGAAAGCACAACAACUGAGACCACAACAACAGAAAGCACCACCACAGGUACCACAACAAUAGAAACCAGCACAGGUACCACAACACCAGAAAGCACAACAACUGAGACCACAACAAUAGAAACCACCACAGGUACCACAACACCGGAAAGCACAACAAGCGAGACCACAACACUAGAAAGCACAACAACUGAGACCACAACAACAGAAAGCACCACCACAGGCACCACAACACCAGAAAGUACAAUAACUGAGACCACAACAAUAGAAACCAGCACAGGUACAACAACACCAGAAAGCACAACAACAGAAAGCACCACCAGAGGUACCACAACACCAGAAAGCACAACAACUGAGACCACAACAACAGAAACCACCACAGGUACCACAACACCAGAAAGCACAACAAGUGAGAUCACAACAACAGAAAGCACCACCACAGGUACCACAACACCAGAAAGCACAACAACUGAGACCACAACAACAGAAAGCACCACCACAGGUACCACAAUACCAGAAAGCACAACAACUGAGGCCACAACAAUAGAAAGCACAACAACUGAGACCACAACAAUAGAAAGUACCACCACAGGCACCACAACAGAAACCGUAACAACAGAAAGCACCACCACUGGGACCACAACACCAGAGAGCACAACAACUGAGACCACAACAGAAAGCACCACCACAGGUACCACAACCCCAGAAAGUACAACAACUGAGACCACAACAAUAGAAAGUACCACCACAGGCACCACGACACCAGAAAGCACAACAACUGAGACCACAACAAUAGGAAGUACCACCACAGGCACCACAACAGAAACCACAACAACAACAGAAACCACCAGCACAGCUACCACAACACCAGAAAGCACAACAACAGAAAGCACCACCACAGGUACCACAACACCAGAAAGCACAACAACUGAGACCACAACAAUAGAAACCAGCACAGGUACCACAACACCAGAAAGCACAACAACUGAGACCACAACAAUAGAAACCACCACAGGUACCACAACACCGGAAAGCACAACAAGCGAGACCACAACACUAGAAAGCACAACAACUGAGACCACAACAACAGAAAGCACCACCACAGGCACCACAACACCAGAAAGUACAAUAACUGAGACCACAACAAUAGAAACCAGCACAGGUACAACAACACCAGAAAGCACAACAACAGAAAGCACCACCAGAGGUACCACAACACCAGAAAGCACAACAACUGAGACCACAACAACAGAAACCACCACAGGUACCACAACACCAGAAAGCACAACAAGUGAGAUCACAACAACAGAAAGCACCACCACAGGUACCACAACACCAGAAAGCACAACAACUGAGACCACAACAACAGAAAGCACCACCACAGGUACCACAAUACCAGAAAGCACAACAACUGAGGCCACAACAAUAGAAAGCACAACAACUGAGACCACAACAAUAGAAAGUACCACCACAGGCACCACAACAGAAACCGUAACAACAGAAAGCACCACCACUGGGACCACAACACCAGAGAGCACAACAACUGAGACCACAACAACAGAAAUCAGCACAGGUACCACAACACCAGAAAGCACAACAACUGACACCACAACAAUAGAAAGUACCACCACAGGUACCACAACACCAGAAAGCACAACAACUGAGACCACAACAAUAGAAACCACCACAGGUACCACGACAUCA